AAAACUAUGACAAAGACAGUGAAAUGGGGCGAAGGAAGAGAUUUCAGAGGGAAUCAAUAAAAAGAAUAAAUAGGGCUCCGUUCAUUUAUUUCUUCCAGCAAAAAAAAGGGAGAGAGAGAGAGAGAGGCUGGUUUAUCACCAAUGUGCUUUCCCCCUCUCUCUGUUUCUCUCCCUCUCUUUCUUCCUUUCUUCGUCUCAGUUGAAAACUGAUUACAAGUUGCUUAUCGACUCGAGCACAAUUCCACCCCUUCUCGCAUAGAUCUUGGAGGGUUUAGAUCCCAUCAAUUAUUUAUCAUAUUUUAUAAAUCCAACAGUACUACAAUUUUUUUUUCCACAUUACAAGGAGCCAGUGGGGGAGCUGGCCGUUGAUUGGAGCUGGCAAAAUCACGUGCCCCGGAGUCACAUGGUCAGGGAGGAAAAAGGGGUCCUUUUUGGUGUAAAUCUGGACUCUAAUUCCGUAAUAUAUCACGGUACCUCGUAAAACCGACACUAAAACGUCCCGGCCUACAAAUCACCCGGCCAAAUUAUGAGUUCAUUGUAUUAUGCGAAUGCUUUAUUUUCUAAAUAUCAACCCGCAAGUUCGGUUUUCCCAUCCGGAGUCUUUCCUGAGCAAACUUCUUGCGCUUUUGCCUCCAACACCCAACGAACGGGUUAUGGCUCUGGGUCGAGUUCCUCCUUCGCUGCCUCCAUGCCUGGGUUAUACACCAAUGGUAGCAGCAUGCACCCGCAGCCCGCUAGCAUGUACUCCACCAGCUACGGCCUGGAAAGCAGUUCCUUCAACAUGCACUGUUCUCCCUUUGAGCAAAACCUCUCAAUGAUGUGCCCCGGAGAUGCCUCCAAGCAGAACUGCAACAAAACGGAUCAGAGGGACUCAGACUUGCAAAACGAGAGUAACUUCCGAAUCUACCCCUGGAUGAGGAGUACAGGGACCGACAGAAAGCGGGGCCGGCAGACCUACACCAGGUACCAGACCCUGGAGCUGGAGAAAGAAUUCCACUAUAACCGCUACUUGACGCGGAGGAGACGCAUCGAAAUCGCCCAUGCCUUGUGCCUGACAGAGAGACAGAUCAAAAUCUGGUUUCAGAAUAGACGCAUGAAGUGGAAAAAAGAAAAUAAAACCGCCUGCCCUGGUUCAAAUAGCCAGGAAAAGCCAGACGCGGAGGACGAUGAGGAAGAGUGAAAGAGAGAGAUUGGGGGGUGGGCUGGGGAA